GACAAGAGGAGCAGAGAAGAAGAAAACAUGUCAACAUAUACAGUGAGAAGAGGUGAAGAAAGGAGGAACAGAAGAUCUGAGGAGUAAAAGGAAGAGUGGGGGAGUAAAAAGAGGAGGUGAGGUGAUAAAGACGGAUUGAAGGAGUUAAAGGAGGACUGGAGGAGUAAAAAGAAGAGUUGAGGUGAUAAAAAAGGAGGUGAGGAGUUAAAGGAAGAGUUGAUGAGUAUAAGGAAGACUGGAGGAGUGAAAAGAGGAGGUGAGGAGUUAAAGAAGGACUUAACGAGUUAAAGGAGGACUGGAGGAGUGAAAGAAGGACUGGAGAAAUAAAGAAGGACUGGAGGAGUUAAAGACAAACUGGAGGAGUAAAGGGAAGAAGUGAGGAGUAAAAAGAACGACUAGUAAAAGAAGGACUUAAUGAGUUAAAGGAGGAGGUGAGGAGAUAAAAAAAGGACUUAACGAGUUAAAGGAGGACUGGAGGAGUAAAAGAAGGAGGUGAGGAUUUGAAGAGAUGGAUCUCAAUGUGAUCCGACUGAGUCACUGUCAGAAGGAGAUCUUCUGUUUCUCGGUGCCGGAGGAGUGUCCUAGCUGUGGAGAGGAGCUGAGGGGGAGCAGACUGCAGGAGGCACCGGUCAGUCUCCCCUCCCCCCUCAGCAACGCACACAAGACCUCCAGCUGCCUGCUGGUCGCACCUGCACACGACAAUCACAGCAGAGAGUUUGAUGGGACAUCAGAUCUGCAUACUGGUAUCUCCAACACUUCAGGAGUUGUGUAUAACUACACUCAUGGAGGAGUUGGUAGAGACCAGACUGGGUGGGAGCGCUGCGUCAGCAUUCCUCUGGUCCGACCCGACAUGUUCCACCUGCUGGCUCAGUGGGACCAGUACCUGGACCGCUUCUCUGACGGGCCCAUGUGGGACCCGGCCUGGCACAGGUACACCUCACACCUGUCUCUCUCUCUCGAUCGACCCUGUACACCUGUCAGUCUCUCACUGUCUCUCUCCAUCUGUCAUCUCUCUCUCUCUCUCACCUUUACCCUGUCCACCUGUCUGUCUCUCUCUCCACCUUUCAGUCUCUCAUGUACGACAAAGGGUACCAUAACUGCUUCACUUUCUGUCUUUGGUUCAUUAAUGUCUUGUCCACCUGUCUGUCUGUCUCUCUCACUUUCUCCCCUGUCUGUCUCUCCCCACCUGUCGGUCUCUCAGGUUUGAUGAGGAGUACCGUAAAUA